AUGAAUGAACAAAAGGGUACCUCCAAUGCACACCACUUGCAUGACCUUUCACUCCUGAAUCAUAACCAUCCGAAUUUGAAUCGCAUUGAUUUCUUGUCAUUGAAUGACUCACAACCUUUACAAGAGCUAUGUAAGGGAAAGAAUGACUUGAAAUUUUUCAGAGCUCAUUUGGAUUUCACAAAAGCAAAGGAUCUUUCUAAAUUUUUCAUCAAAUUUCAACACAUUACCACUCUCAUUUUGGGAAGGUGUUAUUUGGAUAAUGAAUGUUUGAAAUCAAUAUCUCUUCUCCCCAAAGUCAUUGAUUUGGACAUUAGUGAAAAUGUAUUCGAUGCAGAAGGUGUGAAACAUUUAUGUGGAAUGAGCAGUUUAGAGCGCAUCAAUAUGGAUUCAUGUCAACAUUUGAAUGACAAGGCAUUACAGUAUAUUUCUCAAGGAACUUUCAAUCGUUUAAGUUACUUGAGUUUAUAUCAUACUCCAAUCACCGAUCAAGGAUUGAAAUUUAUUUCCAUGUCACACUCGUUGCUAUCACUUUCACUAUUACUAUUUACAUUAUACAAGGACUGGUUUUCGAGAGCUUUCUCAUGUGUUAUCGAAUUUGAAAAAUUUGAAAUGUCUUUGUUUCAAAGAGAUUCAUUUGAGAUGGAUGCAAUACAUGGUCAUCCAAUUGCUUGCUUCUCUCAAAAAGGUCACCAUUUCAUCAAACUUUUUAGAUUGUGA